AUGGAGCGACGCCAAGAGCUUUGUCAAUCACUCAAAGGACAACGUGCUGUUCUACCAAAUCUUUACUCCUUAUUCCCGGACUGGACUCCCAAGUUGCACCCCGAAUAUGCGAGAGCUCGAGAUGAAUCUACUGAUCCGUGGAUUAAACGCGUUGUUAAGAACCCAGAUAUUCGUCGGAAGCUCCAGGAAGCAGAUUUCACAACAUUUGCGGCGAUUAUGUGCGCAAGGUCUUCCUUUGAAAGGCUCUGUACGGUGGCGAAGUGGUUUACUUGGUACUUCAUAUGGGAUGAUUUAUUCGACUGUGGUUCUCUUACCCACGACCCAGAGACUAUCACGAGGUUCAAGCACACUAGUGUUGAGUAUUUCAGGCAUGUCCUCUGCCAUGAAGCAGAGUAUCCAGACCUAUCUGAUUACUCUGAAGAACUCCAGAAUGCGCUAAACUGCUGGGACGAGAUAGCAGAACAUGUCCGCCAGGUGUGCUCAAAAAGAACUGUUGAUUACGUGGAUUCGAUCUAUUCGGAUGAUAAAAUUCCCUCGUUACAGCAGUACUGGUGUCGACGGGAUCGCACGGCUGGUGUUCAUCCUGUUAUUGCUACCAUUCCGUAUCGAGAUCUAGACGACACGAACUUGAGAUUACUCCGAAAACAUACCUCGUACCUUGUCCACACGCAAAAUGAUAUGUUUUCGAUGAGAAAGGAAGCGGAAGAUGGACAAGUCGAGAACCUCGUUCCGAUAAUCAUGCUGAACGAAAACCUGAGAGCCAACCAGGCAAUGAAAGUGGCCUUCAUGCUGGCUCAGGAAUCAGCAAAGGGCUUCUAUGAAGUGGCUGAUGAUAUGCGGCAGACUGCCAAGGGAAGACACCGCGCUGUUGCGGAUAUUUUCAUUGAAGGAUGCAGAAACAUUGUCAUGGGGCUCACUCAUUGGAGCUACACCGGGGAGCGAUAUUUCACAGCGGGCGAGGCGAAUGAAGACCAUACCAUACAUUUUGAAUUAUAG